UUCUGCCUCUGCAGACUUUGGCCAUUGUUAAGGCCCAUGGCCCCACGAUUAGCCUGCUGUUACAUCGGGAAGAUUUCUGUGAAUAUGCCCUGGGUCAGGUGCCCUGGCUCCUGAACCAGUACAAAGACAAAGAAAUUGAUUUCUACAUCACACAGUUUGCAGCAUCCACCAAGAAUCUGGAGAAAACAAUGAAAACUAACUCCCAUGAGGAUGAAAAGGGGGAGAAAUCUGUCCAAGAAAAAAGCCUUGAGGUCUUAAAAACCCUGGACCCACUGGUCAUUGGAAUGCCACAGGUGCUAUGGCCAAGAAUCUUGACUUUUGUGGUACCAGCGGAAUACACAGGAACUCUGGCCCACCUGUUUAAUAUCAUCAGAAUCUUAAUUAUGGCAGAGGAGAGGAAGAAACUCAAUGCCAAGGAGUCGACUGCACUUGUCCUAUCAACUGGAGCUGUGAAACUUCCUUCACCACAGCAACUUCUCGCUAGACUUCUUGUAAUAUCUAUGCUUGCCAGUUUAGGGAAAUUGGUUGGGGCUGGUGCAAUAGGACUUUUGAAGAUUUUCCCUGAUAUAAUUCAUCCAAAAUUGGUAGACCUCUGGAAAACGCGGUUACCUGAACUCUUGCAGCCUCUGGAAGGCAAGAACGCUAGUAUCGCACUAUGGGAAACUAUGCUACUUCAGUUGCUCAAAGAAUCUUUGUGGAAGAUUGAUGACAUGGCCUGGACCAUGCAACUGAGUCGAGAUUUCAACCAUCAAAUGGCCGGUUACAGCAACACCUCCACUGAGAAGAAAUUCCUUUGGAAAGCCUUAGGAACCACCUUAGCCUACUGCCAAGACACAAACUUUGUAAGCUCACAGCUUAGGGAGUUUCUAAUAUCUCCCUCCCAACUAGGGGAUCAGCGACAGGGAAUAACAUCUAUUUUAGGAUACUGUGCAGAGAACCAGUUGGAUAUUGUUUUAAAAGUCCUUAAAGCAUUCCAAGAUCGAGAAAAGUUUUUUGUGAAUCGAUGUAAGGGUCUUUUCUCUGGAAAAAAGAACCUUUCGAAGACUGAUGUCAUGGUCAUCUAUGGAGCCGUGGCUCUCCACGCUCCCAAAAAGCAACUUCUCACAAGGGUAGAUCAAGACAUUGUAUCCCAAGUACUGUUUCUUUACACCCAAUGCUGUCAGAUCCUGGGCAUGUCCUUGAUGAAUAAGGACAUGGAUCUGCAAAUGAGUUUCACUAGAAGCAUCACAGAGAUUGGCAUUGCUGUCCAUGAUGCCCAGGAGCGGGGUUUCCAGUUUUCCUACAAGGAAAUGCUACUUGGCUACAUGCUGGAUUUCAUCCGGGAUGAGCCCUUAGAUUCAUUAGCUACCCCUAUUAGGUGGAAAGCCUUAAUCGCCAUCAGAUACCUCAGUAAACUGAAACCUCAGCUCUCCCUAAAAGACAAUCUCAAUAUUCUUGAAGAGAAUAUUCGAAGGCUGCUGCCCCUUCCACCUCUGGAAAAGCUAAAAAAUGAGGGCCAGACCGACAAAGACAAGGAGCACAUUAAAUUUCUUUAUGAACGAUCCAUGGAUGCACUGGGCAAGCUUCUGAAGACCAUGAUAUGGGAUAAUGUGACUGAGGAGGAAUGCCAAGAAAUGUUUAAUCUUCUCCGAAUGUGGCUUGUUUCACAAAGAGAGUGGGAAAGAGAAAGAGCCUUUCAGAUCAUGGCAACGGUGCUGACAAAUGAUGUUCAGGCUCCGGAGAACUUUAAAAUCGGCUCUCUUCUUGGGCUUCUGGCUCCACACUCCUGUGACACCCUGCCCACCAUCCGCCAGGCAGCUGCUAGCUCAGCAAUUGGUCUGUUCUGCAUUAAAGGCAUAAACUUGGAAAUAGAACGACUUCAAGGUAUGCAGGAAGGGCUGGAAAGUGAUGACUUGCAGGUCCAAACCAAGAUUUCUACUAAAAUAGCCAAGAUUGUCAGUAAAUUCAUCCCAAGUGAGGAAAUUCUAACAUUCCUGGAGGAAGCACUGGAUGGUCUGGAAAGCCUCAACCCUACUUGCACAACGGCCUGUGGCAUAUGGAUGAUUGCUGUCCUGAAGGAACAGGGUGCUACACUGGAAGAUCAGCUAUUGGAGAUCUUGAACACAAUUUACCAUCAUAUGCCAGUCCUCAGACAGAAGGAGGAAAGUUUUCACUUUAUGCUAGAAGCAAUAUCCCAGAUAACCAGCUUCCACACGGAUGCAGUUGUUGCCAACAUUUUGCAGAAGCCUUUGCCCUUUGACAGGGACACAAAGACACUGUGGAAGUCACUGGCUGAGAACCCAGCCUCCAGUGGUAAACUCUUGCGAGCCUUAAUAGACAAACUGGAGAAUGAGUUAGAAGAUGAAAUGAUCACAAUGGAAUCAAUUUCAGUGGCCUGUGCUAUGCAUGAAGUGGUAUCAACAGGCACCCCUGUCUCAGGCCUAUACCCAGAACUCUUCACCCUCCUCUUGAAGCUUGUUAGCUGUGCACUGGGACAAAAUAUGCCCACUACCGCCUUGAGCUGGAGACGGCAAGUUAUGAAGCAGGGAGAGAUGCAGCAGGUUGCAGACCCCUGCAGACUCUCAACCAUAACCCUGAAGUGUGUGCAAGCCCAAGCUAUGAAAGAAGGCCUUGCGAAAGAAUCUGAUGAAGGGGACAACUUAUGGUCUCUCCUCAGCAGUUCUGGUACCCACCACCUAGGAGUAUGUGCACUGGCAAGGAGCAUGGCAGUGUGGCAACAUGGAAUCAUACUGGACAUCAUGGACCAUCUGUUCCUGUCUCUCACAUCUUCUUCAGAGAACUACCGGAUAACUGGCACUGCGUUCUUCUCUGAGCUCAUGAAGGAACCCAUCCUUUGGAAGCACGGAAAUCUACGUGAUGUGCUGAUCUUGAUGGAUCAGAGUGCCUGGGACUCCAAUUCCACUCUGAGGCAAAUGGCCAUACGAGGUCUUGGUAAUACAGCUUUUGGAGCCCCUCAUAAGGUGAAGAAGCAUAAGCAGAUAAUGUUAGAAUCUAUCAUCAGAGGCUUGUAUCACCUCGCCCGCACCGAAGUCGUCUGUGAAAGCUUGAAGGCUUUGAGAAAGAUCCUGGAGCUACUCACAGACCGAGAUGUGAGCUUCUACUUCAAAGAAAUAGUCCUACAAACAAGAACUUUCUUUGAAGACGAGCAAGAUGAUGUAAGGCUGACUGCCAUCUGCUUAUUUGAAAAUCUGGCAUCACUAACCGGAAGAAGGUGGAAGCUUUUUUUUGCUGAAGAAACAAAGAAGAGCAUGAUUUCCUUCCUUCUCCACCUCUGGGAUCCCAACCCCAAUAUUGGAGCUGCUUGUCGUGAUGUCUUGAUCGUCUGUAUUCCUUUUCUGGGCCUCCAAGAACUCUAUGGAGUACUAGACUACCUCGUUGAGGGCCAGGAUCUACCAAGGGCCAGAGAUUUCUAUAGACAAUUUUGUGUGAAACUGGCAAAGAGAAACCAGGAAAUUCUGUGGAUCCUCCACACACACUCGUUCACCUUCUUCAAUAGCACCUGGGAGAUGAUCAGGAGUGCCGCUGUCAAGCUCACAGAUGCCAUUGUUCUCAAUUUGACCAGCCAAUAUGUGGAGUCAUUAGACAAAGAACAGCUGACCACCCGACUCCAAGCACUCCGGGAAGACCCUUGUGUCAGUGUCCAGCGAGCAGCUGAAGUUGCCUUGCAGACCCUCCUGAGAAGGUGUAAAGAGAUAAGCAGCUCUCUGUAAACGAUCAGAAAAUAAACUGCUAGGCUUUUUCUAAAA